GGUGGCCGCCGCGAGGUGGGUGAGGUGGCGACUGCGGCUACCAGUCGCGGAGAGCGGGAUAGUAGCGGGGCUCGAUGUGUGCAUCUGUCGCCUGGGACCACAGCAGGCUGGCGCUGGAGUAGGUCUGAUGGGCUUUUGUGGACCCCGAAGGUGAUGCGGAGAGGGGCUGCAGGCAGUUGAAAGAGGAAAUAAUGUGAAGCACUCCCUGUUCGGAUGUGCAGGAAGGUCCAGGGGGCCAUGGCCUGGCCCGGCAUGUUCCAGAGAGGAGCUCUGCUCACCCGCUUCAGCCACCACCAUGUCGUCGUGUUCCUGCUCACCUUCUUCAGCUAUUCAUUGCUCCAUGCUUCAAGAAAAACAUUUAGCAAUGUCAAGGUCAGCAUCUCUAAGGAGUGGACCCCAAGUGCCUGGAACACGUCUGCAGAACUGCCAGUGGAGACCUGGAGCAGCAACCAGUUGUUUCCCAGUACAGAGGAAGCCACACUUUUUCUUGGAACUUUGGAUACCAUUUUCCUCUUUUCCUAUGCUGUGGGCCUGUUCAUCAGUGGCAUCAUUGGGGACCGGCUGAAUUUACGAUGGGUGCUAUCUUUCGGCAUGUGCUCAUCGGCAUUAGUGGUGUUCGUCUUCGGCACACUCACAGAAUGGCUGCACUUCUACAACAAGUGGUUCUACUGUGGCCUGUGGAUCGUGAACGGCUUGCUGCAGUCCACAGGCUGGCCCUGUGUCGUGGCUGUGAUGGGCAACUGGUUUGGCAAAGCUGGCCGGGGUGUGAUCUUCGGUCUCUGGAGUGCCUGUGCCUCCGUGGGCAACAUCUUGGGAGCUUGCCUUGCCUCUUCUGUCCUGCAGUAUGGCUAUGAGUACGCCUUUCUGGUGACAGCAUCUGUGCAGUUUGCUGGUGGGAUCGUCAUCUUCUUUGGACUCCUGGUGUCACCAGAGGAAAUCGGUCUCCCAGGUAUUGAAGGAGAAGAAAACCUUGAAGAAGACUCACAUAGGCCAUUAAUUAAUGCCGAAAAUGAAGAUGAAUAUGAGCCUAAUUAUUCUAUCCAAGAGGCCACUGCCAUCACCCAAGUGAAUGCAAUAAGCUUUGGCCAGGCUUGUUGCCUGCCCGGAGUCAUCCUGUACUCCCUGGCCUAUGCCUGCCUGAAGCUGGUGAAUUACUCCUUCUUCUUCUGGCUGCCCUUCUAUCUGAGUAACAACUUUGGCUGGAAGGAGGCUGAAGCUGACAAGCUGUCUAUCUGGUACGAUGUCGGUGGAAUCAUAGGUGGGACGCUGCAAGGCUUCAUCUCGGAUGUCCUGCAGAAGAGAGCACCGGUGCUGGCCCUCAGCCUGCUCCUGGCAGUCGGCUCCCUUGUGGGAUACAGCCGGUCUCCCAACAAUAAGUCCAUCAAUGCACUCCUGAUGACGGUGACAGGAUUCUUUAUUGGUGGUCCUUCUAACAUGAUCAGCUCAGCUAUUUCUGCAGACCUGGGUCGUCAGGAGCUGAUCCAAGGCAGCAGUGAGGCUCUGGCAACUGUCACAGGCAUCGUCGAUGGGACUGGGAGCAUUGGUGCUGCUGUGGGCCAGUAUUUGGUGUCUUUGAUCCAGGACAACCUAGGCUGGAUGUGGGUUUUCUACUUUUUCAUUCUCAUGACAAGCUGUACGAUUCUGUUUAUCUCCCCCCUGAUCGCCAGGGAGGUCGCCUCUCUGGUGCAGAGGAGACAAGCUCGAGUGCUGAGCGAGUGACCGGUGCUCAUGAGAAAAGGACAGUGGGGACACAUGAAGACUGUUAGGUCUUGGGCUGUCUCCGUGCCAGCUUAAGCUCAGCUUGGGAGGCCUCACCACUACUGUCCCACCCGGGACACCUGCCAGCAGGAAGGCUGUGCUGUUUUUAUACACUACAGAAUGACUGUGAUGGCUUCUAGCGUUGUUUCCUGAAUGUACUGAGUGGCAUGAGAAGCCACCAGUGUCCUCACUUGUCCUGUUGCGGUUUGUCCCUGUAACCUUAAUUGUGUCAGCCUUUGAUGUUCGCCAGCCUAGAAACUUGACGGGACAGAAGGCAGAACUGUGCGUGGUCUGUACCCAAGAUGAACGGAAGGGCUGCCGCAUUUGCUUGGGUAAUACAUUUGCAGAGUGCCGCUCACCUUUGAAGCAUUAAUCGUGAUGCAGACAGGGUUCCAUCUGAUUGAACUACAAGCCUGCCUCUGACAAAGAACGCCAAGGUGGGGGAGACCGCUACCUGCUUGCUCCCCGUCUCCAAGGCAACCAUUCUAGAAGCAGACACAUCUUCAUUUACUGUCGACUUGUUCUCCUCUGACUUCUCACAGAUGACUUUGGCUCAUGGAGUGUUGGGCCUUCCUUUGUAAAGUUCAGAGUUCUCUUGACCAUUCCAAUAUGUGGCCCUCAACGCCAGAUUUGCAGCCUGGAAACUGUGGGGUCCUCUGGGAGCUGAUCCUCGGGUCCCUGUUUUAGGAAGACGGAUCUGUCAAAAGUGGAUUCCUGGAGUACCUCAGGAGAAGACUAGAAUUAGAGAAAGGGAGAGACCGGUUGUCCCAGAGGUAUGAAGUGUGUGUGAUGGGUCACAUUGAUAGUUCCCAGGGCCAGAGAGGUCUCUUCUUUCAAAGGUGUUGAGUAUGUCUCCAAGGCUAUGAAUUUGAUAUUAAUCAAUAUGUUAAGGUCACUCUGUAUGUAUAUUUUAAAUUAAACAAAUAGGAAAAUGUGCAAUUUUGAGGGACACAUUGGGUUAGGGAAUAUUUUUUUCAAUCUCUUACCUUAUUCUCCAAAAUGUGGUCUGUUGAUGAACUUGUUAAUAUUAUUUAAUCAUGCAGGUUUCUGGUCACUUUAUCCAUAUUUACUGACAUAAAAGGAAAAUAUGAAACACAGGAAGGGAAAGCAAACUGGUUUUUGUAAUAAAUAUCUCUCCUUUGGUUAUUUAAAUCUC